GCAGGCGCCGCAGCGGCCAGGGCGGAGCGGAGGUGCUGGGGCUUCACGAGCGGGGCGGCCUCCGCUCGCUCCCCACCAGGCGCCAUGUGGGUGCCGCUGUCCCUCCUGGCUCUCGCGGCGCUGCUGGGGCCGCGCCGGAGCGCGGCUUCCCAGGGGGAGCAGCCGCCCGCAGUGCCUUCACCAACAGAGAUUGUAGUAACAUCCGAAAAUUUCAAAACAGUUUUGCAUUGGCAGUACCCAUCUGUGCCUGAAACGCCUCGUUUUAUUGUGGAAAUCAAGCCUUACAAUUUAGGUUACUAUAAGAACGUCUCAACCUGUGUGAACACUUCAGCUCAUUUUUGUGAUCUCUCAGAGGAAAUAUGUGACCCUUAUUUAUCUCACUGGCUUCGAGUUAAAGCUUUUGUUGGGUCACAACAGUCUGAAUAUGUCGAGGCAAAUGAGUUUAUUUUGCAAAGGCAUGGAAAAAUAGGACCGCCAAAACUGAAUCUCUCAAGACAUGGUGAUAAAAUUGUGGUUGAUAUUUACCAUCCUGAAUUCCCUCUUUCUUGUAUUGAAGACAUUUAUUCAAGGCUUGAGUACUUGGUGAGUGCUCGGAAUAGUAAAAAUGAGACUGAAGAGUUCUACGAGGACAACUGUACAAUGCAUAAGUGUAGCCUCAAAAUCCCAGUUCCUAAUGAAAGUUCCACAUACUGUGUUUCAGCAGAAGGACGUUUUGAUGAUCUGAUGGUUGGCACUCCAUCAGAGGAAAGCUGCAUUCCUGUUCCUCUCAAGCAGACACUGAGUAUACAUUUUAUCAUCAUUCUGUGUGUUGUUAUUGGGACCUUGACUAUAAUAGCAAUGGUAUACUGUGGCUGCAAGAAACUGAGGAAAAGGAACAUAAAGCUGCCUAAGUCUUUGGUCAAUGUGAUGAGAAAUCUGAGCACAGGUGCCUUACUGGGACCAAAAUCAGAGGGGAAGUAUAUAUCCGUAAUUAGCUUCCCAUCAGGUCACUCGGAGUUGCCAGUGAACGGUGAAGUAACAUUGCUGGAGAUAGAGCCAGAAGAAGAAGCUGUUAGUCCUGUGACUUCCUGUGACGGAGACCCUGCUGUCUCUUCCCCAGAGGCACCACCCAAGGUAGAAGAGGUGCCUGUGCAGGAAAGCACAGAGGAGGUAUCUUCUGAUGCUGAUGAACAAAAUUGUAAAGUAAAAGAGAGUUACUUCAUUUCUGGCAGUAGCCAAAUGGAUACAUGCAGUAAGUCUUCAGGGGCAGAGAUUUCUACCACAGAAACACAGCAAACAGUCAUCCCAAGCAGCUGCUUCAAGUUUUCUGGCUAUGACAAGCCUCAUGUUCCAUUAGAUGUGUUAAUGAUAGAUGUUGGUGAAGAACAGCCUGUGAAUGCUUACAGGCCAACUGAGUAACCAGAAUAACUGAAGUAUUUAACCACAACUCAGAAAGAAUAGCAUUACUGAAGGUUAUGGAAAGUCUGGGUAAAAUUGUGAACAUCUACAAGUCAUACUUGUUCUGCUCAGUUGACAAUUGAAAGUAGUACCUGAAAAUGACAUAAAAAGUGUGGGGAAGUUUCAUAAUAACCACUUUUAGAAAUGCCUUUUUAUAUGACAUAACUCAUUGUUUCCUAUUUGAAAUAGUGCUGUGUUUUUUUAACAAUACUCUAUAGAAAACAUAGCAUUGACUAUAAAACAGCAACUGUACCAUUAUUCACUUCUGCCUCAAAUCCUUUUUCAAAGUCAGUUCAAUGAAUGUAAUGCUUAAGAAAUCCUUCACUUGAUUAAGAUAGACAUGUGCAAGAAUUGAGAGUUUUUACCAUUAUUGGAGGUAUCCUCUUGCUUAUCUUCCUCUCUUGAAGAGUAUUUUUAUAUUAAAUUAGGUGCUACUAUUUCUUUUAAGUAAGACUAGGCCUAUAAGCUCUUCCUGUAAAUCUUAAGAAUUUGAUUCCAUGUCAAAGAAUUAAGAAGUAAUGGCCAUAAACUAAGAAUACAGGUUUGCCUCAACAUGAGGAAGAACUCCCUUACAUUGAGGGUGGCUGGCAGAGCACUGGAGGAGGCUGCUCGAGGAGGUCACGGAGUCUCCCUCUCCGAAGGCGUUCAAAACCCACCUGGACACAUUCCUGUGUCACCCACUCUCGGUGACCUUGCCUUGACAGGGAGUUGGACUAGAUGAUUUCUAGAGGUUCCUUCCAACCCUAAAAAUUCUGUGAAAGUACCAGUUAUUUGUAGGCUUUGCUGUUACUUGAGUACAGCAGCAUCCAUUUGGAUCACCUAGUGACGUGAGUAACCAUGUCACGUUCUGGAUAACUCCAGAAUGUAUUAGCAAGCUGACUGAUCAUCACCGAAGGAAAAAAAAAAAAGUCUGAUGGAUGGUUGCACAAAUUCUUUAGAAAAUGUUUUCAAAAUUCAAAAGCCUGUUUUUUUCUGGGGCAUUUUAUCCUAAUAUUUAAAACAAUAUAUUCUUUAAACAGAAAUCAAUAGAAUUUUUUCCAAGCAUGUUUUCUAGCAGGAUGAAAAUCACUGCCAUUUCCCCCCCCUUUUAAUAACAUAACUUAGGAACUACAUAAAAUCACCCUCCAAAAGUAUGUUUCAAGACAAUAGAAAAAUAGUGUGGUUAAACUGUACUUCAUAAGUUUUAUUGUCAUCUGACAGCCUUCUGAAUUCUGUAUCAUAGAGAUUGUAGUUUUGAAAACUGGGGAAUAAGAAUUUUAUAGCUUUAUAUUGAAAUGCAUGUAAUCCAUUUAUUUCCCUUUGGUCAAGAUUUGAUAGGUAUUUUUUAUUCAUAGGAAAUGUUUAGAGCAAUCAUUAAUGAAGUUUAGUUCAGGAAAAAAAAGAACACUUUACGGGUACAAGUUGGUCCAUUUACACAAAAUUGUGGUUUUGUUUUAAAAGGUGUUUUUAUAGGAUUAUCAGACUUGUUAGUAUGUUACAGCAGGUGGUUUUAAAGGAAAACCAGUACUUCUGUCCGUACAUUUCUCAGUGCCAUGAGUAUUCUUAAGGUGAAGUUAGUUUGUACAGCAGUUUCAGGAGUGCUUCCAUUCUUGUAUAUAUCAAGAUAUUGACCACAAAGAUACAAAAGAUUUAAAGACAAUAGCUAUUUUUUCCCAUCUCUACUCACAGGAAGGUAACAGAUUGGUUAGCAGGGUUUUGAUAAUUUUAGGAAAAGCCAAAUUAAGCAGGUGAAUUUUGUAGUUAUGGUGUCAUGGAAAGCCCAAUUAGUAGUUGUUAGCUGGCUGUGAUCUGUUUCUGCAUUAUAUUCAAAUGUAGUGAGAUCCCCCUAGCAACUUUUCCAAUGUCAUGUUCUGGGUUAAGUUCCUAGAAGGCAGUGCUUAGUGACUUUCUGCUUAGGAUGCGCUAAUGUGUAGGUCUUGCCAUGGCAAAAGUGCAGAAAAUAACUCUCUUGGUGUUACAAGAAGGCUUUUUUAAAGUCGGGAUUAAUUGCACUGAAGCUCCUAGCAGGCUGUCUACUAAGUACAUGAGCAGCUGUGUCUUGUGCAGAGAUUGGAGUUGAUGUAAUUUCUUCCUGAGUUUGGAGGUUUGUUGAUGAAUAUGAAUUGCAAGAAAUACCUCAGGAAUUUAUAAACGUCAGGUAAGUGUUUAAGUUGAACUUGGCUCUGAAGGGAUAGAGAGGGCAUUAGAAACUGUGAAGUUAAUCUUGUUUUAUGGGAAGAAGUUUCUGGUCAGACAAUCUGCUGAGUUUUCUUUGCAACUGCUCAGAGUGCUUAACCUUGCACUUGGUAGCUUGUUUUCCUUCUGUCAGUUUUGUCCAAAAAAUAAGUAGGAUGUUGGUGUUCUCCAAGAAGGUCAGGAAUUAGCUCUGGCAGUUGUUGGAUCUGAUAUAUCUGCCUCAAAACUAAGAUUCUGUCAGAAGCAUGUAAUUUUUUUAAAAAUUAGAUUUGCAUUCUUAACAGUGCAUCAGGAAACCCUGGUGGUGUUAGAACUAAGAGUCAGCAUCUUAGAUUUGUCUGAGCUAAGUGUUCCGUUGUUCUGGAAGAUUUUCCUUUGCUGACACACUGGAAGAGGAAUGCAGAUAGACACAUUUUAAAACCAAGUGACUUUCUCAGAUUCUUCUCUCUUUCCCCUGCAAUACAACUACAUUGUACAUUUUUCUGAAUCUUUCAAAUAACGUGGAGUGAAAUGUGAAUGAAAGGACCCAGCCAGGAGCUGGGAUAUCAUUAAGAACAGUGAUGUUGAGAUCAAUAAGAAGUGACACAAAAAUAUAUCAUAAUAUGUGGGAAAAAUGUGGCAUGGCAGAUAGUCGUGUAUGGGAAAGGCAGUGUUAUUUUAUAAGCUGAAAAUCAAAACCAGUGGAAUGAGUGCUUUGUACUAUAUCACGUGUAUAUAUCUUUACACACACACAACAGAAAUAUCUGCUCUUGAAAUACAGCAUGGUUAAAUGUACUUUUUAAUCAAAAUUUGUGAACCUUAACUACAAAAACCACUGAAUUAGCACCAUCCCUGCAGUCUGUCUUCUCUGUGCUUCAUACUUAACUAGUGGCACAGGGAUAGUGUAGAUGCUUAAAUUGCUCAGGCCAGCUUACAGCUUUUGUAAUUGUGAAAUAAAAAAGUUUAAGGGUGUGCAAAGCACAGGAUUCUUUUACUAGCUGUGACUAGCUGAAAAUGUGAGGCCACAGUGAGACAAGGAUGUGUUUCUGGGUCAGUAACCUGUUACCACCAGUCCUGCUUCCAGCAGUUGCCAGUAGUGGUAUUGAGAGCUUAAGAGUAGGGCAAGUCAUGGUGGUAAUCUCGGGAUACAGUCCAGUAGCUUCCAGUGUGAGAACUUCUUGGGAUGGGAAUGGAAAUACCUUUCCAGCUACAGGUAGUUAGCCAUGCUUUUACAGUCCUGUAAUACCAAAUAUCUGAGCAAUGUGGCUGGGAACCUGUCAGGUAGUAUUUAUCUAUACCUUUUCACCUAAUUGAGUUAGUUUAAUUGAUUAAUAUUCUUGUGAUGAAGUUGUUUGCUUGAGCUUCUGGAUAUUCAUACAUAGCACCUUGAUCCAGAAUAUGAAAGUGCCUAACAUUUAUACAUUCAAAAUCAUUUAAUUCAUUCAUGCCUUUUACAGACCUGUCAGCUAUCCAGUAUGACACACUUAGAAGGUUUUGACACUUCAAACCUUUUCAGCUGAUUUUUACUCUUGUCCUGGCUGCUUAGCAUUCCUCCCUCUCUCCUGAGGAUGAUUUGGGUGAUGAUGUAAUAUAAGACUCCAAAACAUUAUAUCCUGUGAAAGAGAACUUCACAAAAUUUCUAAGAACUUCAGUUCUUGUUCUUGAGUGGACAUUGUAAUUUUUUAUUAUUAGAUCUGCAAUUAACAGUGAAGUAUUGCAGCAGUACUGCAUGCUGGCACAGAAACAUCAAAUCUGCUUUUGUGUGGUUUUCCAUGUAAGUCAGUAAUUAGUUUUAAAAAAAAAUUGUCAAAUCUACUAACAUCUGUGGAAACAAGACACCAUGUAAAGUCCCAGUUGCCUGGAACAGACUUCCAUAUUUUUAUGUAAUCCUUCACUAGAAGAUUGCAGAAAAAGAAACUUGCAUGAGAAAACCUGUUUUUCUCAGGGUUAGGAAUAACCACCAGUUGCUUUGAAGUGCUUCCAUGUAAACAUGGAAGUAUUGAGUAUUAAUAAGUAAGAGAUGUUGUACUUGGUCCAAAUUAAUAGUUUUAGCGUGUCUUAAAAAAACCAAAAACCCAAAAAGCAA